CUGAGCAGAGUAGUGUAGAUAACGCUUUCCUCAGAAAGCGGGUAAGACGGCAAAACCCUGUGUAGGGUGAAUAUGUGCACGGGUGAGAUGUCGAUGAUGACAUCGAGGACAUUGAGACUGAGGAAGAACAAGAAACAGUUCUGAGUAAUAAGGGAUGAAGCAUUUCUACAGCACUAUUGAUGAACUUGGAGCUUUGACCGAAGUAACCAGAUUCGAUACCGCACCUUCCGAGGAGGCCGAUUUCACGAGACACAAAGCCCCGCCCCUAAACGCACGUCUGAAGUCGGAGCGUAAACACCGAUCGUACACAGUUUGCGAAGUGUGUAACAUUCAGCUGAACUCGGCCGCCCAGGCACAGAUACACUACAACGGCAAAACUCACCAGAAGAGACUGAGACACAUGAAGAGCGGAAACACAGGUCCGGCGGCUCAGGGCAGCCCCCUGCUGGCGGCGUUACCCGUACAGACUCGCCCUCUGCAGACACCUCUGGAGCUGAAGAACUUUCUGCCCUUCAGACUCAACGGUUCCAGUCCACUUAGCCUGUUUCCCAACUUCAAUACGAUGGACCCUGUGCAAAAGGCCGUUAUUAACCACACCUUCGGGGUUCCUCAGAAGAAGAAGCAGGUCAUCUCCUGCAACAUCUGCCACCUUCGCUUCAACUCCACGAAUCAGGCCGAAGCGCAUUAUAAAGGUCAUAAGCACGCUCGUAAGCUGAAAGCUUUGGAGUCCCAGAAGAACAAGCAGCACAGACGGCAACUCGACAGCACACACAGCAGCCGAGACAGAGACAGAGAGAAAGACAGAGACAGAGACAGAGACAGAGGGAGGAUGAUUGCAGCUGAUCCUCACCCCGCUCUGCUGGAUUCCUGUGCAGUGGAAGCAUCCACUCUUCAGUGUGAUUCUGACUCUGUGGUGAAGCUGAGCGAGGCUCAGGUCAGCUCAGUGGUCCUCACUCCGCUAUCGGAGGUGUCAUGCGCAGACGUCUCCUCUCCUCCUUCGCAGCACUCAGACAGCCUGCAGGAUGGUGCUGGUCCCAGCGAGACAGCCACAGAGAAGGAAAGCCUGCCUAAAGAGGCCCUGAGGGAAAAAGACCCCAGGAGGAGCAAGCAUCACCUGCACUGUCCUGUCUGCAAAGUGACAGUCAAUUCAAUCACUCAACUGGAAGCCCACAACAGCGGAAUCAAGCACAAACUGAUGCUGGAGGGACAGAGCGUGUUGCCACGGCGACGAGGGAAGGCACUGUCCUCCCGCGCUGCAUGUAAAAGCAAGCGAUUGGCCAACAAGGGCAGUCUGGGUGUAAGCAGCAAGAGCUUCCAUUGUGAAGUGUGUGAGAUCCACGUCAACUCAGAGACUCAGCUCAACCAGCACAUGAACAGUCGCAGACAUAAAGACAGAUUGGCUGGAAAGCCUCCCAAACCCAAAUUCAGCCCUCACAGCAAGACUCAGCCAACCACAGCAGUGUCGCAGAGCAUCAGGUGGAACGGAUACGCAGGAGGAGCCAUGUCAGCCAUGAAGAAAGUCUUUAACCAGUACGGUCUCACCUCCCUCUCUUCACAGUUUGGGGCUGCUGCAUUUUUAACAACCAAACUGGCUCUCCAGAAGCAGCUGACUAAAAGUUUGACCACCAGUUUCUUGCCAACUGCUAUAACUCCGCCCACGCUUUGCACAGUGGCAGCCAAUCCGCUCGCUCUUCGACACCCUGCCGCCUUCAUUCCCGCUCCGAUCUUAGGCCCCACCCUAUUUCGGCCUGCGCCGGGACCACUGCGGGCCACACACACACCUAUACUAUUCUCACCUUAUUAAAGUAUGCAUAAACAUACACACAUACACAUGCACACAUGCUUAUGGUACAGGAAUGAUUUAGAGUUACACACAGAAUAUGUGAACACACACAAUAGGGUCUUAAAAAUCUCAAAACUGAUACACACACUCCAGUUUUUCUGCACUCUCCUCUAGGACUGUGGCCCUCACAAGAGGAUCACUCUUGAACUAUGCAGCACAGAAAGGUAGAAAGCAAAGACAGACGUAGAUGAUUUGAAAGAAAACAUGGACGCAAGAGGAGACGUACACGCACACGAACCCCAGGCUGGGGGAGGGCCCUAGAGACCUCAUUGACCCGCCCACCUCUCUAUUCCUUCAAAUAGAGGUUGACUGCUAGGUCACACCUCCAGGGAAAUGCGUGCAGCCUCGUAUAGUUGACUGGGACCUCGUAUAGUUUUAUAAGACAUUAACCAUAGGAUUUUACUGUGUAAUUUAUUAGAUGUACAACAGCAUUAUAGAACUAGAGCACAUUUCUUAGUGAGACAAAUGCAAACAUCCCUUUACUCAAGGCUUCUUUUCUUUUAUUUUUUUUCUUAAUCUAUGUUUAUUCCUUUUUAUUUGAAGUUUCAUUUACAUCCCACCCCCCCCCAACACGAGAACAAACAUGUUAUUGCUCCCUGGAAACCAUAGAAGAGCUGUCGCUAUGCAUCAUGGGUAAUCAUCGUGGGAUCAUCAGUGAAUACGAGUGCAGUGCAUCGAGAUGACAAUUUGCAGGCAAAUCAGCGCUCCAUCGCUAACACACCCUGACACGCACACACACUCGCAUACAAUCAGUGUUCCAAUUUUUUCCGCAUAGAUUAGAUGGUUUUCAGUCAGAAGGAUACACAUGUGCAUGUGCACACACACACACACACACACACACACACACACACACACACACACACAGAUGAUUAUAACAGUCGCAUAUCAGCCCGGCAUGUUGGUAUAUUUUGCUCUCUGUGUUAUCUCAUUAAGACCACACAAAGGUCAACCUGCCAGUUCAAAUCCAUCUCACAUCAUCUGAUUACAAUUUCAAUUCCCGCCAUGUUACCCAAGUGUGUGAGCGCGUACAAGGGUGUGUAUGAGUAUGUGUGAAACACAUGAGCCUCAUUCUCUCAUGGACACUGUAGCUCAUCUCUGUCAUCCAGCAGCGCUCUCUGCUGUACAAGGAGGGGCUCUGUAUGUUUCUCCUGCCCACUGGGGUAUUUCUAAAGGAGCACUCCAGCAUUUUUAACUUCUUUAACCUUUACCACAUCCAGCCAACGUAUACAUGCUCAUCACAGACAAGAACGAGAAAAGAACAGAAUGCCUGUUUACUCAGAUUUUAUUUAUAACUGAAGUCUAAGGGAAGAUGGUCGCUGAUGGUCUUCAUCAGGAUGGCUCCGCCCACAUCCACAAGGCCUGAACGUUCACUGAAUAGAUCGAUGAGAGUAAAAAACGAUCAGAUCUUAGCCUAACUGAACACUUACAGGAGAUAUUAGACUCAAAUAUUAGACAGGAUUUAUAUAUAAAUCAUUAAAACAGCAAUGGGGAGAAUAUAUUUUGGAAGAAUAGUGUUUGUCGCUCCAGUUUAUGUGAGUGUAGAGAAAACAGAGAGAGCGAGAGAGAGAGAGAAUUCCAGAAAAAUAUAAUUUAUAUAUAAGUCCUUCAUCAAAUACAGCACUGUGCAAAAGUUUUAGCCCCCCUCUCUGUUUUUAUAUUCAAUUUGUACCUAAUUUAAUGUAGAUUUUAUGCCUACUGAGUGUUUCAGUAAAAACAAUAAAGAAGAAAAUAUAUAUUUUAUUAACAUUUUUUUGAUAAUAUUACACAUCUUCUUAAAAAGUAAUGGACUACAUUAACAAACAUAAACAUAGUCAUAAAUCAGUGUGAUUUCUAUUGUGAUUACUGCUCAUUUUAUUGUUUGGUGCUUCUCAUGCUAAUUAUUUUCAUAUUUAUAUUUUUCGAGGCAUCUUCACCACACAUGAUGUAUGCGUUUAGAAGCACCCGAUACCUUCGUGCGGUGCUGUAGAUAAGCUAACGUGUGACGUUUUAUGAAUUCUUUCAUGAAGUCUUAAGUCAAAUGUUUGUAAAUGAAGGCUGACUUCGACUUUAGAAGUCUUAGUGCAGUCUUAGUGAAUCUAUCAAGAUUAUAUAUAUAUAUUAUUAUUCUAAACGAUAACUAUUACACUAAAGCACAAGAAGGUCUUAGGAUGAGACAAGAAUCCAAAGAAGAAAAGGUUGUGUGCUUAUGUGCUAAGCAUUUUUGUAUCAAAAAGUGAACGAGAACAAAUUAAAGAAAAAAAUCUUCACUAUAAUCUCGCAUUACAAGUGAGUUUAGAGUAAACAGGUUGUCUGUCUUUUCUCAGUACAUGAAAACAUGUUGGAAUACACAUCUGUGGUAAUCACACACAUACAUUAGCAUUAGCAUUAGAUUAAGAGUGAAGCUGAAAAAUGCUGGAGGUUUGACUCCUGAUCUGCGGUGAUGUGUCGCUGCUCGGUCUCGUUCACACCAGUACAUUCGUUUACAUUUGUACGUUUUUUUUUUUUGUUUGUUUUUUCUUGUUCGGAACUAUUAAGAUAUUUUGCAAAGUCUUUAAGAAGAUUACUUUAAAAAGUUGUCUAUAUUAGGUUGUAUGUAGAUUUAUAAAUAUGUAGAGAGUACGUAGAAAAUCUAUCAGAGUCAUUAUCCUCAUUACUGCUAUGAUAAGAACAAUUUUUAUCUGAAGGAUCUUCUAUUGUUUGCCAAGUCAUAACAGAGAUUACAAAGAUUAUGAAAUAAGAACAUAUGCCAAGAAUGAGUUAGUGUAGUUACCUACUUUUUAUUAUUUAAUAUAUUGAAAAAAAAAUAUAUCAGCGUGGGAGGAAAUUUAGGUGUGUGUGUGUGUGUGUGUGUGUGUGUGUGUGUGUGUG